UGAGAGGUUCGCUUACAAGAGGUUCCAAAUAUAGUGAUUUGACUUGGAAACUUUUGGUAUUUGGGAAAUUGGUCGUUGAGGAGAGGUGAUCGCUUACGAGAGGUGGUCGCAACCGGUGGUUCGACUGUAUUCUAAAACUGGAAAAUUACAGUAAGCCUACAUGCAGUGAUAAAUGAAACUCCCGCCCUUCUCAUAAUUAUAAAAUCUUCCUAAAAUGAUAACAUCUUUCACUUUGUAGACUCUUUGUAGUCUUCGUAUUAGCCUUGCAUAAAAGCUCCCGUCCUCGGAGACCCUAGUACCCAAACAGGAAGUGCAGGAAAAAAUCGACUUCCGGUACACAGAAGGAAAGCGAGGCUGAUUCGACCAGGCUGAGAAACAUGGCUGCAAGUGCAGUGUCGAAGUUUACUCGUAUUUUUGGUCGGAGGUCGGCCGUGGUAAUUGGAAUGAUUCAUGUACAAGCACUCCCAGGAACUCCAAGAAAUCACCUGUCUAUGAGUGAAAUAAUUAGCAUGGCUUGUUCUGAUGCGACUAAUUACAAAAAUGCUGGAGUGGAUGCUAUCAUGGUGGAGAAUAUGCAUGACAUUCCAUAUCUAAAUCGACAAGUUGGACCAGAAAUUGUUGCAUCAAUGAGUGUAGUUUGCAAUGAAGUCAAAAAAGAAGCGAACAACUUGCCAUGUGGUAUUCAAAUAUUGGCAGGGGCAAAUAAGGAAGCUCUUGCAGUGGCAAAAGCAGCGGGUCUUCAGUUUAUCCGUGCCGAAGGAUUUGUGUUCUCACACAUUGCUGAUGAAGGGACAAUGAAUUCAGAUGCUGGUGAACUGCUCCGAUACAGGAAGCACAUUGAGGCAGAUGAUAUUUUAGUUUUUACUGAUAUCAAGAAAAAGCACAGCUCCCACUUUAUAACAUCUGAUGUUAAUAUCCUGGAAAUUGCUCAAGCAGCAGAGUUCUUUCACUCUGAUGGAGUGGUUUUAACAGGAAAAGCAACUGGGGAAGUCACGAGUUUAAAAGAAAUGCAGUUUGUGAAAGAAGCAGUGAACAUUCCAGUCUUGAUUGGCUCAGGGGUGAAUGACUGUAACAUGGAACAGUACCUUGGUGCAAAUGCUAUGAUUGUCGGAUCGUACUUUAAGGACGAGGGGCAUUGGUCAAACCCAGUUAAUUUUGAAAAAGUGCAUAGCUUCAUGGCUAAGAUUGAAAGAAUGAGAAGAUAGCUAAAGUGAGAGUGUAUCACCAAACUAGAAUGUCAUUUAAGUCUCUUUUGUAAUACAUAGAGUUCUACCCAGUAAAUGUUGUUGAAUGAGCUAUAUGACCCCUACCCUGUUGAAAUCAUGUGGCUUUAGGACCACUGUAAUUAUCAUGGUUUACUAAAAAGCCCUUUCAACAAUGGUUAUUUUAAAAUAUUUAUUAGUGAUAAAUUUUAAUAUAAUAAAACUCUAUGUUAGAGUAAGUGCAAAUGUCCCUGAAACAUUUGUGCCGGUGGCAUAGUGUGAACAAGUUGAAUUAAGGACACCAUACCAUAAUUAUGUUGAAUUAAAAUAUUAUAACUUGUGUUUUUAAAUGAAUUUUAUCUUCGAGCGUUCAGCUCAACAUCUCAUGAGUGAUCGCAGGGAAUGAAUGAGAUAUUGAGUUGAACAUGAGAAGAUAGGAUGCGUAUCCACAAGCAGGCGUGUAAUAUUCUGUUUAUUAUAUAAACAUACUAAUGACGAUGUUUUUGAUGAUUUUCUGAAGAUUUCCGAUCACUUUCCGAAGAUUUCCGAAGAUUUUCCAAAAUUAUUGCGAAGGCCAGACGGAUGCUUCCAAACAUUUUGCAAACAUUUUUCGAAGAUUACUGAAGAUUGCCGAAGAUGACUGAAGAAGAU